CAGGAUCGCGGAGCAGUGAGGCGGGCCUGCAGCAUGUGCGCGCACGUCCGCGGCCGCUAGCUGCACACACACACUCCACAGCCGGGGCCGCCCAAGAUGUCCUAACAUGGGGACGACAUCGUGGCUGCUGCACGCGGCCGCCAUCUUGCUGUCCCUGUCCCUCGCCACUGGCAGCACGGAAAUAUUCGAUGACUUCAGCGAUGGGAAGUCAGAUAAAGAAAUCCUGGAUGAGCUGCUCAGGAAGGAACGCUACGACAAGAGGUUGCGGCCUCCUGUACCAGGCAAGCUCCUGGUCAACGUCAGUGUCUUGCUCCUCAGCCUCGCCUCGCCGGACGAGUCGAGUCUGAAAUAUGAGGUGGAGUUCCUGUUGGAGCAGCAGUGGUACGACCCACGCCUGCGCUACUCCAACCACAGCAACUUCGAAUUCCUCAACGCUAUCCACCACAAUGAGGAAGUCUGGUUGCCCGACACGUAUUUCAUAAUGCACGGCGACUUCAAAGACCCCCUCAUUCCCGUCCACUUUGCUCUCCGCAUCUACCGCAAUGGCACUGUCGUCUAUCUUAUGAGGCGUCAUCUCAUUCUCUCGUGCCAAGGCAGUCUGCACAUCUUUCCCUUCGAUGACCCACUUUGUUCCUUUGCGAUGGAAAGCAUAUCAUACGAGCAGAAAUACAUUACGUAUGUGUGGAAAAACAGUGAGGAGACAUUGCGAAAGUCUCCCAGUCUGACCACCCUUAAUGCGUAUCUCAUCAAGAAUGCAACCACUGAAUGCGAGAAGAAGUCCAUCUGGAGAGAGGAGGACUACUCUGAGGACGGUUACACAGGGGACUGCAGGUGUUCUCUGUGCCAGAGAAGGUUCGAGGAGCAAGGUAACUACAGUUGUUUGAAGGUGGAUCUGAGCUUCACUCGUGAUCGUGCCUUCUACUUCACGACAGUGUUCAUACCAGGCAUUAUCCUCGUUACCUCUUCUUUCAUUACCUUUUGGCUCGAGUGGAAUGCAGUUCCUGCAAGAGUCAUGAUUGGUGUAACAACAAUGCUCAACUUCUUCACAACAUCAAACGGGUUCCGAUCGACUCUCCCUGUUGUGUCCAAUCUGACAGCAAUGAAUGUUUGGGAUGGAGUGUGCAUGUGCUUCAUCUACGCGAGUCUGCUGGAGUUUGUGUGCGUGAACUACGUGGGACGCAAACGACCACUGCACAAUGUUGUGUACCGCCCGGGUGAAAACCCUGUAACCCAGCGACUGCCAGCAGUUCUCAGCCGAAUUGGCAUAAUUAUGGCCACUCCGCUGGUAAGACAGGGUGACAAAAACAAAAGGGACACAUCAGCUCCCAACGAAAUAGUCACCUGCACCAACUGUGGCCCCAACCCGUGCACACAUUCUGCCAACAAUGGCUGUGCUACUGAGGUCCGCAAAAAGGAACCACCUCAUCCCAUCAGAGUGGCGAAAACAAUAGACGUGAUUGCGAGGGUGACCUUCCCCAUUGCAUAUGCAAUAUUUCUCAUAUUUUUCUUUGUACAUUACAAAGGGUUCUCCAAUAGUUCAGAAUAAGCUAGACUGCCAGUUUGGAAACUGUGUGUUCUAUAAGAUGCUGUUGCAGCAGCAACAACAACACGAGUGCUUUGGCAGGUAAUGGCUAAUAAGUGCUGAGCUGAAGAGUAUAAUUAAUUGGUGCUUUUGGGAAAAAAAUUGUACCCUGAAGUUUUAAUUUAUUGCUUAUCUGUGAAGUGAUCAGAGCCUCCUUUUCUUUUUUGUUGUUAAUGGACACAACAGCUACAAGAAUUGCGAUUCUGAUUUUGAAGAUGGUGGGUGACUACUGAGACGCUUGGUCGCUAUCGUAGUAACUGCUGAGUCUCGCGAGAAACAUUUCAUCUUAGGGAAGUCUGUGUAAAUGACUGUUAGAUAUGUGCUCAGUGGCUUGCCUGAUGAACUGAUUGUAAACUUAACUGCCAACUAUAAUGAGACUUAUUCUGACUUGUGGUUAGCUUCAUUACAAGAAGAAAGAAACCUAAUAGGGUCGCCAUAUUUCCAACUCUUAAAAUCUGGUUGUGAGUGACACAGUUCUAUCAUUGUUGCAGGAUUGUUUUGUCUGCAGAAUGUGGUGUACAUCAAAUCACACAUUUUCUCCACUGACAUGGUGGGUUUUGUAGCUAUUUUUAUC